AUCAAAUCGAGGGCGUGCCGGUGUUUGUAGCUUUUCCUGAAAGAGGCGUUACCGUAACUUACAUGACACUGUUACGUUAACCGCGUUAAGGUCAGAGUUGCCAUUAGACUUCAGAUUAAAAACUAUUACCAAGUUACACAGACCACGAGCUUUUCUACACGCCGAUAUGUCUGAUGCUAUUAAAAAUGUGGCGAUCUUCGGCAGCACGGGGAUGACGGGGUUAGCGACCUUACCUAUUGCAGUGUCUGCAGGUUACAAUGUGACUGUGCUGGUGAGAGACCCCGCAAGGCUUCCUGCAGAUCAUAAGGCUUCCAGAGUGGUGGUGGGAGAUGUCCUGAACAAAGAUGAUGUUAAGAAGACUUUGGAGGGUCAGGAUGCAGUCAUCAUCAUUUUGGGGACAAGGAAUGAUCUCAGUCCCACAACAAUGAUGUCUGAGGGAACAAGGAACAUUCUGGAGGUCAUGAAAGCUCGCGGAAUCCGUAAAGUGGUUGCGUGCAUGUCAGCGUUCCUGCUGUGGGAUCGCUCCAAAGUUCCUCCUCGCCUGGUGCCGGUCACUGAAGAUCAUGACAGAAUGUACACUAUCUUGAAGGAAUCAGGACUGGACUACAUAGCAGUCAUGCCUCCACACAUUGCUGACGACAAACCACUGACAGAAAAAUACACUGCUACUGAGAACAUGUUGAAAGGAAGAGUCAUCUCCAAACAUGACCUGGGCCAUUUCUUUGUCAAGUGCCUUUCCACUUCUGAAUGGGAUGGAAAAACAGUUGGAGUUUGUGGAGAAUAUAGCUAAUCUAUCCAGGCCUUUUUUUUAACUACAGCCUCCUUUUUUUAUAAACACAUAUGCUGAUCAGCAAUAAAAAGUUACGCUGUAAAAAGUGAAAAUUGGAUCAAAUUACUUCAAUUGGUAAUGCCUAUAAUUUUUCUCACUUUAACUAAAAAAUUCACUCAAAAUAUUUGAAGUGUCACCAAUUGAAGUAAUUCUAAAACAUUUUCACCUUAAAUGAAUCACUUAAAAAUUUAUAAAACUUAAUUUUAUUCGGUGUUACCAAUUUUUUAACCCCUUCAGACCUGAUUUUUCAGGUGUUAAAUCACUAUGCCUUGUUUUGAUUGAUUGAACAGCAUUUUUAUUGGUUUGAUCCACAAAACAUGUGAUGUCCAUUCCAGUGGACACAGUGUCUGAAGGGGUUAAGUACAGCAGCUUUCACUUUUUACAGUGUAUAAUCAUUAGACAUUCUUUAUCAAACAUGUAUAAUUUUAACAUGUUUACAUAAAUGCCCUAUUUAUAGCAUUAAAGAGUUGUGCAAAUUUUAUUUAAGAAAAAAAUUUAAUUGGAGAAAAUGUGCGAUUGAUGAUCCGUUUUUGUUUUGCCUUAAGAACUUGCAGUGUUUUUGUUGAUUUUUUAUUUUCUCAAUAAAACUAUGCAUUAUUGAUA